AUUACACAAAUAUUUAUCUAUAACGAAAUGAGCGAUCUCAACUGGUGUACUUAUUGUGACAAUGCUAUCAGCCCAUUCUCCAACUCUCUUUACUGCUCUGAAGAUUGUCUUAGAUCAGAUGCUUUGAAUCAUCAUCCGUUGUUAGGAUAUGAUUAUGCAGAGUUGAAGGACUUUCCCCGUUCUUCACCAUCACCUACUUUAACCGCCUCAUCAUCUUCCACUGCAUCUCUAUCACCAUGUUUAUCUCCUAUUGCAUCAUUUAAAGAAGUGCCUGCAUUUCAACUAAACACACCUCAGGACUCUCUGUAUCAACACUUUUACCAACAAAAAAAGAAGCCAACAACAACCCCUUCUCCCAUCUUGUUAUCCUCCUGGACAAAGACAAUUCUCUAAAUACUAUUUUUUCAUCCCACAUAUACCCUUACAAAACAAGAAAAAAAAUAUCUUUCUCUAUCCCUCUCUUUUCUUCACUACAUACAUGCAUUGCCUUAAUUAUUCAUUUCUCUUUCUUUUUUCCAACACAAAAAAUAUCAUAUUUCUGUACAAUAAUAAACUUUUUUUUUUCUCUGUAAUUCUCCAAA